AUGUCGUGGCUUUUGAGCUUGGUCUUCAGCGUGGCCGCUGCCAGCAACAUCGAGGUGACAUCGAACGACUAUGCCUUUACCUUGGUGAACACCGUGACAGGCAAGGGAGCCUGUUGGGGUGAUAGCGGCUUCGGUGGUAACUGCAGCUCGGUUGACUUCUCCAAUGUGCAGCAGGUGAAAGCCAAUGCCUUCGCCUUCCUUGCGCUCAGCAGCGCGGGCGGCGAGUGCUGGGGAUCAGACGACAAUGGAGGCGCAUGCUCCGGCCUGGACCUCUCCGGGAUCACGGACGUGGCAGCCACCGACUACAGCUUCGCGGCACUGGAUGCUGUGAAUGGACGAGGACUCUGCUGGGGUUCCCCGGCCUACGGGGGCGAGUGCACUGGCGUGGACUUCACCCAGGUCAGCAAGAUUUACGGGAAUCUCUUGGCAUUU